ACACCUGCACCCCAGCCGUGGCCCACACUCGCUGAGCUGGCUCCAGAGGCCAUGAGGCUGUCACUGCCAUUGCUGCUGCUGCUGCUGGGAGCCUGGACUAUCCCAGGAAGCCUCGGGGACAGGGACCUGCUCACAGCCACUGCCCCAGAGCUGGACGAUGAGGAGAAGUACUCAGCUCACAUGCCUGCUCACCUGCGCUGUGACGCCUGCAGGGCUGUGGCUUUCCAGAUGGGGCAGUAUCUGGCAAAGGCAGAGGCCAAGCUUCAUACCCCAGACUCUGAGGGGCGGCGGGAGCUGAGUGAGUCGGUCUACACAGACGUCUUGGACUUGAGCUGCUCCCAGAAGUGGCAGGACUACGGGGUCCGAGAGGUGAACAAGGUGAAACAUCUCGUGGGCCCAGGGCUUAGCAAGGGGCCAGAGCCAAGCAUCAGCGUGAUGGUCACAGGGGGCCCCUGGCCCGUCAGGCUCUCCACGACAUGUUUGCACUACUUGGGGGAGUUUGGAGAAGACCGUAUCUAUGCAGCCCACCAACAAGGCCCAGAGGCUCUGGAGGCAUUGCUGUGUGGGGGCCCUCGGGGGGCCUGCUCGGAGGAAGUGCCAGUCAUAAGGGAAGAGCUCUAGUCCUGGACUCUGUCUUCCUCUGGAAGAAGCCGCGGCUUCCUCUGGAUCGUCCCCAUUCCUGUCUGAGGGCUGCCGGCCCCGCCCGGGGC